AUGAUCCAUCGAAACAUGAAAGCCCACGACUACAUUGUCAUUGUGAAAGAUAUCGAAAAAGGCUACGCUACCUUCAGCCAGUGGGACCAACUCAGCACAAACAUGGUCUUUGCGCUUCCAUGGCGACUUCUGCAGCAAUGUCCAGAUGGACUGAUACUAGACAAGCCCGAAACGGUAGAGAAGUUGGCCGAAAAAGAAGGGGCCUUGUCGGACUGGGACGACGACAACCGCGGCGUCCGGUGGGACGAAAAUUCAGGCUGGACGUUUAAGUCUCUAGAGAAGCCAGACGCACCUAGUACCGAAGAAGACACAUCUGAAGACUUUACUCCGCAACCGAGCCUCGCAGAUUCUGUCGAAGAGGAAGUCCUGGUAUACAUAGCGACACUACACACUUGCCGGAAGCCUUACCCGCAUGUAUGCCCAUUGGUGCUCAGGAAGGUCCCAAGGUGCCUGAGCUGCAAACGGAACACCCGUGAUCGUAUCGACGCUUUUCGGAGUCUUAGAGAGUUUACCAGAUCACGAUUUGGAAAUGGUACAUCAACUUUAAGAAAGGAGCUUUUGGUGGGCCACGUUGAAGACACCGCAGCCAGGACUAGCGAAUUCAUUAAACUGGACUCGUUCCGGCUAGCGCAUCUUUGGGAUGAGCGAUUUGACUCAAGGGCUGGAAAGUACGAUAUGACGGGCAUCAAACUGCUUGAGGAAGAGCCUGGCCAGAUAGUUGUUCGUGGUCCUCGAAGCAUAGCACAAGAAGAGUACUGA